CUAUUUAUUACACUUGAUACCCAAUCUCCUUUUGCUUUUUAUUCCCUCUCCAUUCACUAAAUGCUGUUUGCCUCCUCCCUUUUCCCUCAUCUUCCUCACCUUUUUGACACAGUCUCUGCAGCUCACUGUUUGUCUCUUUCACCUAGGGUUUCUUAACUUUCUGAUCGUAUUAUUAAGCGUCCUACAUAUGGAUAUGCAAUACUCUUAGCUAUUUGAGAUCCAAGACAAGAGUGCUGCAGAAAGAAGUGAAAAUUGAACCACAAGAUGGCUUCUUCCAGCAGCUACUCCAAUCCUCCCUGCGCCGCUUGCAAGUUCCUGAGGAGAAAAUGCUUGCCGGGCUGCAUAUUCGCGCCGUAUUUUCCGCCGGAGGAGCCGCAGAAAUUCGCCAACGUUCACAAGAUAUUCGGCGCAAGCAACGUGAGCAAGCUGCUGAACGAUAUCCUCCCCCAUCAACGAGAAGACGCCGUCAACUCUCUCGCCUACGAAGCCGAUGCCCGGCUCAAAGAUCCCGUCUACGGCUGCGUCGGAGCCAUCUCCGUCCUCCAGCGCCAGGUGCUGCGGCUCCAGAAAGAACUGGACGCCACCAACGCAGAUCUCAUGCGAUUCGCUCGAAAUGAGAUGCCCUCGCAGUUUCCGGGUGCUGCACAUUAUCAGCAGGGUGCUGGUUUUUCUGCUCUUCCUUAUGCCUCUCACCCAUGGAGCAGCAACCCCGGGGAUAGCCCUGAGGGUGGAGGGGAUGGCAGCGCUUGAUGUUGGAUUCGACGAGUUUUGUAAGUGUCCGUUGGUGUUGGUGUUGUAAUAUUGCAUUGUUUUAGAAUGCCCAUCUAUUAUAGGGUUUCUCAUCUCAUCUGUAAGGGGGACUGAUAUAUCUUCAUGGUAUAUAUUGUCUAGCUAGAACUGAUAUAUGAAUUAAUUGGGUGUGGGUUGGGUUCUGUAUAAGAGCAGGUUAAUUAAUGUAUGAUUAAUGGUAAUAAACUUCUCCAUU